UGAAGGGGCGACGAAAGCUCGGAUUGUUUCUUCAAAUCGUGGCCAGACGGAACCCAGGUUGAUAUUUUUACAGGCAAGGAUACAGUGCUGCUGUGACCCCGAGAGCCGCCUCAUCUUGAUUCCUGUUGUCAAAAUAAUUUUGUCCACUAAUGUAUGGAGGAAAGUGUGAGAUGUAAAAGUUGGAGCAAUCCACUUUAUUUGUAAGCCAGCAAGCUGAAAGGGAGGAAACAGUAGCAGUGCAUAGAGAGAGAAUUGGGGAUGGGGUUAAAGAGCGAAAGGCGGACGUCAUGGUUCACAGCAGCUCUAAUUCCCCAAUGACAACACCAUCUGCCUCGCUUCACCUGACUGUUUGUUCUAAAGUACCUCUUUCGGUGUCCUGUCCCAGAGGUGCUACAGAACAGGACCUAAGCCAAACCUCUGCAGACCCAACAUCCCUUUCAGAACUACCACAGCCCCUUACUCAGACUCCUGCUGAGGCUCAUCACCAUGUUGCUACUGCAACAAGAGCAUUGAGCUCCAAGUCAAGCUCGCCAUCCAGCAGCCCCAGCACACCCACACCAACCUCUGCUCAGGACCAACUCAAUGGCCGUAGAUCAAGCAGGAAAAGGACUCCGAAGGGCUGUGACUGUUGUGGCCCCAACAGUAGGGGACACAAUGUUGAAACUUCGGGCAGAGGCAGGGGAAAUGGAAGGGGGAGAGGUAGGGGUAAAGGAAGGGGAGCAAACAGAGACUUUGGUGACACCCCUGCUAGAAAGCCACUGCAGUUGACAGGAGUCAGGAACAUUAAUUUCAGUGGAGAAAAUAUACAGGAAACAGAAGAUGAAGACGAUAGACUGGGGAAUGUGCAGAGCUCUGAUACACAGUCACAAAGCCCUGCUAUCAAGUCUGUUCCACCAGUUACUCAAGAUGGACCAAAAAAUAAUUGUGCUGCUCAAACAAAUGGAGCUGCACUGAAAAUGGAAGACAUCUUGAUGGCACCGUCAGGGGUUGCUGUUGCAAUGCACGAGGAAAAUGUUUAUAAAAAGGAUGUGGACCCAACGGUUUCAGGACCAGUACAUGAGGAACUGGUAGUGGCCAGAGGUCGAGGUAGGGGAGCAGGAACGGGAAGAGGUCGAGGUAGGGGAGCAGUAAUGGUGAGGGGUCGGGGCAGAGGAAGAGGUGUUGACAAAGGUCAAGAUAGUGAACAAGAGAAAAUGGAAGGCAUUCAAAUAAGCAGCAAAGAAAAAGAUUAUGUCACAAGUUCGAGAACAGGUGCCUUAGCUGAGUCAGUGCUAGUGGAAGAACCAGAGAAGAUGCAUGAUGUACAGACAGACCACGAACACCAAAAAAGCUCUACGUCAGGUAAAUUUCCUAUUGAAAAUGGAGAACUGGUACACUUGUCUGACUCGGAGGACGAGAUGGAGGAGGACACCAUUAUUAUGACAGAACUUGGCGAUGGGGUGCUGACCAUCCCACGGAAAUCUGCUACAAGGUCAGAGAUUUCUGGAGACCUGGACUCUGAGAUGCAGAUGGACCAAACGCAGGAUGGGAUAGAGCAGGUUUCUUUACCAGUACCUUUGCCUAAUGGAAAUGUUGCCUCACAAACAAACCAUGAUCUAACGUCCUCACCAUUGGAGGUGAAAAUGUCUAGCUCCACUGGGCUUGCCUCUUUCAACCCGAUAAAUGUUAGCUUGGAGCACUCCUGGGCAUUAAGAGACCACAGACUGUACUGUCAUCCUUGUUCAUGGGUGAAAGACGAAAUGGAUGACAUGUUGCCAAAUGACCAGGCAGAAGAUAAAAUGAUGGACACAGAUAUUCAGAAUCAAGAGAGGCGGGAGCAGCUUAAAGACGCCAUUCACGAGUUUCUAGAGAGCUUCUACAUAAAAUAUGGCAGCUUUAUUCCUCUCGCUGAAUCUGAUGUCCUAGAACACCUGAAAAAGACGAGCAACUCUGACCUCAGCAGCAGUGAAGUGGACAUUAAAGCAGAGAUGAGUCGAUACAGGGCUGGCCUGGCAUCUGCUCCUGUUGCAGGCUUCAUGGUCACGUAUAAUAAACACAAUCUGAGGCUGGAGGACCUUGGCACCCUGGAGGAUCAGAACUGGCUUAAUGAUCAGAUUAUUAACAUGUAUGGAGAACUUAUUAUGGAUGUAGCAGAGCAGAAGGUUCACUUUUUCAACAGCUUUUUCUACAAGCAGCUGGUUGCCAAAGGUUAUGAUGGUGUGAAGAGAUGGACCAAAAAAGUUGACUUGUUCUCCAAAUGGUUGUUGUUGAUUCCCAUCCAUUUAGAAAUUCACUGGUCUCUCAUCGCAAUCACAAUGGCAACCAAAACCAUCAGCUACUAUGACAGCCAAGGCAUUGUCUUCAGACACACCACAAAUAACAUUAUGAAGUAUCUUCAGUCUGAAGCCAGAGAGAAAAAGCAGGCAGCUUUCCAGAAGGGCUGGAAGAUCGCCAUCAUCAAGGGUAUCCCACAGCAAAAAAAUGACAGCGACUGUGGCGUUUUUGUCCUUGAGUAUUGCCGCCGUCUCUCUGUGAAGCAGCCGCUGCUGUUCAGCCAGAACAACAUGCCUCAAAUCCGAAAGAGAAUCUACAAGGAGCUCUGCGACCGUCGUCUCAACGACUGAACGGCUGCCUUCACCUGCUGUGUGCUUGGCUGGUCACAUGAGGCCGCCUGUCUUGUUCUUUCACGUGACAUUUUGACUGACUGACGGGCUACAUACGCUAACACAGCGUGGCCAUCUGUAUUUUCAGGGAGUCCUUACUGCCAUCUGCUUCUGUAAUUGACAAGCAGAGCAGUUUUUGCUGACUUCUGGUGACUUUGGGAAGUGAAAAGUCGGUCUGUAUUCAAGCUGAUUAUUUUCUUCCUUUUUUCUUUUUUUUUUUUUCUUUUUUUUUUUUUUCCUUUUUUGCAAACUUGCAAAGAGCUACUGAAGUGGCCCCCUACUGACCCUUGGAAAAAGCCUGAAGUGUCAAUAUGAGGUGCUGUUUCAGGACUUUACACAGUAAGUUCAUUCUGCUUCUUACACUUAUCAUUCUGAGAGGAUUUUAUGGCCUAAAAGAUCAGAACAAAGUACUGACUUUGACUGAAGUAACUGUUACACCGACCUGUACCAUGUGGAUGGACAUUUCAUCCUAAAACGGAGUGGCCUUGCCUCCCAGAAAUUCAUUUUAAACAGAAUUUAAAAGUUCAUUUUUUGCUGGACUUUACAGCUCUGGUAUGUGUUCAGUUAAUAUGCAUAUUUUAUAACAUAUUUUAAAAUCUAGCAUUAGCGAUAACAGUGGAACAGCUGUUCGCCUAAAACUUGAAGGGUUUAGAGUCGAUGUUGUUAUUGUGGACUUUAAAUUGCACAGAUACAGGCCUGUUAAUUGAAGUCUGGAAUAUAAACUGAAUGUUCCAAUCAUGUUCUCUCUUUUUUUUUUUUUCCAUCUUACAGGAUGAUAAUGGCUUCAAAACUGGGAUCACAUUUUUGUUUGGUUUUACUGCAAUAUAUUUCCAAAUAAAAUUCCAGUUUUUUGAGCACAUUAGUUAGAUUUUUUUUUUCCUUUUGCUGUUGCAACGUAUUUAUAUAAUGUUUUAAAUAUUUUCCAGCAUUUAAGUUAAGCACAUUUUACAAGUUCAAGAUUCUUUUAGGCAGGUUUGCAAAUCAGAUAUGAAAGCAUUUACUCCACCAAUAAAGUUCACCUCUGCGACAUUGAUUAAUUUCUACUAACAAAGCUGAAUUUUGCAGUUAUGUUUACCAGCAGUUCUGGUCAGAAAUAUCCAUCCAUUUCUCAUGGGCAUGAGUGGAUGGAAAUGAAUAAGAUUUGGUUUUUAAUUAUAUUUUUGAACCAUUCUUUGUCUUUUGUGGAAUGUUCAAAACAAUUCCCAAUUAUCCUAAUUUAAAAUUUUGGUGUGCAAAUUUGAAUUUUUUCACAUAUUUGUAUGAAUGAAUUUGGGGCAAAAUUAUACAUGCAUACCCUAACAUAAACACUUAAAUGUGGUUAAAUGUUUGCACCCAUCACCUGACUUCUGGAAUAAAUCUGUCUGGAUAGUUGUACAUUUCUUAUUCUGUUAUUUUUAUGAGGGAGUCCCAGGUUUAAAGCAUAGUCCAUACAUUUCCUGCAUUUUUGGCAUCACCUGUUGAGCAUUACCUGUUAGUAAUUUUACCACCAUUGGUUUAAUUUUUGGCUUAAAUCCUCAACUUGACUGUUUCAGUAACUUUAUCUGUCAAAAUAAAGUGUUACUUGUCACAGUUUGCAAACUCUUACUUGGUCAACAGGUUCUCAGUCUGAUGAAAUAAAACUCAGUGCAGACUGGUCUGAGAUGGUUCUGAUCCAGGAGCUUCCUCUUAAUGUUUGGCUUGGUAGUUGGGUUGGUCAUAAACAUCCUAAUCUAUUCCCUCUCAUCUGUGUGACUCGUAUAGUUCAAACCUGGUGUUCCUACAGGUCAAUGACUUCCAGUUUCCAUGAAGACACACCAAAACUAGUUUGGUAUGAUUUAAGCUGGCUAACACUAAGCCUCUGAAAAGCUCUGACCUCAGCUAUACUAACAAUUUGUGGAUUGUGGCUGGCUUCCAGGCCUGUGCAAACAAACAAAUCCCUUUAAAUAAACUCUUCCAAUCCAUUCAGAUUUAUCUCAGAAGCUUAUUUGCUACGAAAAUCCUGUGGUUAAGGUGCAAAGUUCUAUGGACAUUUCAGCCAAAUAGUUUUUGUGUAUACUUUCUAAUUUUCAUGUGUAAGUUAGAGAAUAUCCGUGUUAAAUGUAAUCUUAUCCAGUCAACUUUUAAAAAGUUGUUGAAGUUGCUUUUUGAAUGAUUGUUAAAGCAUGAAUGAAAAAUGGUUUAAAUGUAUCUUUCAAAGACCAAAAUCAGUUUGAAAUUCAUGCCGAGAAUGGGCGCAUUUUAAGCUUCUCUCCAGAACUGUGUGUGUAUUUACAAGUUGUAUCUUGAAUGACCUCCUGCAAUGUUUGCUUGCUUUGGCUAAAACCUCCAAUGUUGUAUUUUUCCCAGUUGUUUUUAUAGUUGUCAUUAAAGUCCAACUAUGCUGGA